AUGGACGCUCAUUAUAAUGCCUAUUUUCAAUCAGAUUCAUCGUUUGGACCCCUAGUGUCAGGAUAUCGCGACGACUUCGACUUUACCCUCGCUUUCGAGUUGUACUUCUUUCUUAUAGCACCCGCGGCAUUGUUUCUGCUGGUGGCGCCAACUCGUAUCUACCUGCUCUUUGCUCGAGACCGCCGUGUCGAUGGUCUGUGGCUCCGAUAUUCUAAGUUGGUAGUGACGAUCGGAUACGCUGCUUUGCAACUCGCCCUCAUUGCACUAUGGGCGGUUUAUCCGAUGCCUGUACCCGCCGCGGGAAUCGCUGCCUCAUGCUUGAACACCGCUGCAAGCAUCUUUCUGGCCCUGCUAUCAUCUUUUGAACACACUCGUACUCUCCGCCCAUCAUCCAUCAUCAAUACGUACCUACUCUCAACAUUCCUAGACGCGAUUGUGGUCCGCACCCUCUGGCUAGCUAGCUAUGUGACCAACGUAUUUCGCAAUGUCUUUACAGCGGCGUUUGUCUUGAAGGCUUGCCUUUUGAUAAUCGAGGCCGUGGAGAAGCGACGUUACUUCUGUUCGGAGCAGGAUCGGGCCCUUGGCCCAUAUGCGAAGAGUGGUAUCUACAAUAGGGCGGUGUUUUGGUGGGUGAAUGGGCUGUUGCGGCAAGGAGUGCGACAAAAGAUAAGGCCCAGAGAUUUACACCCAUUGGACAACUCUAUGGCCGCUGAAACUCUGGACAAGAAAUUCUUGGCAUCAUGGCAAAAGAUGGACCGCAAGGAUCGUCGUCGACUAAUAUACACGUUUAUUUGCGCAUUGCGCUGGAAUCUCCUGACUCAAUCCAAGACUGUUACUGAUUGGCUUCACCCGGACCCGGAACAGAGUGUGAAUAUGGGCUAUGGUAUGGUCGGGGCAUACUUCCUCUUUUACUUCGGGAUCGCGGUUUCCACGGCAUUCUACUGGGCGUCAUGGUUUCGUUCCUUGGCGUUGAUCAGAAGUAUGCUAAUGGCAGAUAUUUUUGAGAAAACACUCCAAUUACCAGCGGGUAUAGCAACUGAGAAGGCAGCUGUAACACUGAUGAAUACGGACGUCGAUCGCAUCAUGAAUGGUCUGCGCGAGAUUCACGAGUUAUGGGCCAACUUCCUGCAAAUCAUCAUCGCAACAUAUUUUCUCGGGAAUGAACUUCAGUAUGCGUGCAUUGCGCCAUUCCUUACUGCUCUUGGCUGCUUCUUAGCCAUAAUUUAUCUAUCGGAUUGCACUAAGAAGUUUCAAAACCAAUGGAUGGGGAGAUUGCAAGUACGUGUUGGUCUUGUUUCCGCCAUGCUUGAUUCUAUCAAAGGGAUUAAGAUUUCCGGCCUGACGGCCCAGUUAUUCGCAAUUGUUAGUGCUUUCCGCCAAGAGGAGGUCGAUGCCUCAAAGCCAUUUCGACUUUCGGGUGCCGGAACUUCAACUAUUGCACUACUACCGCAGAUCCUAUCUCCAUUACUCGUAUUCGUCAUCUACGCCGCGAUGACACUUAGGGGUAGGCAUCCUAUGGAUGUCUCACGCCUGUUCACUUCCUUGUCAAUUCUCUCGUUACUUUCGCAGCCACUUUUUACAUUGUUCGGUUCUCUUGUCAACUCCCGAGCAGCAAUCGGCUGCUUUGAGCGCAUCGAGAAUUACCUCUACCAAAAAAGCCAUAUGGACAACCGCACCUACACCUGCGAUGCUGUCUCUGCCACUAUGUCGGUUGAGAUGAAUAACUCGGAGGUACAGGAGACUACAAUCACAAAACUCUCUUCCAAUGAUCGAAUUUCAUGGUCAGACACUGUUGUGGCAAUAAAACUAGAGAAGGUAUCAUUAGGAUGGUUGAAAGACAAAGCUCCUCUUCUAACUGACAUUAACAUCUCCAUCAAGAGAGGCACCUCGAACUUCAUCGUUGGCCCAUCAGGCGUCGGCAAAUCCACGCUGCUAUAUGCGUUGUUAGUCGAAUGUCCGAUACAAGAGGGGACUAUUGCUACAACUGUGACAGACAUUGCGUGGUGUGAACAGACCCCCUGGUUGGUCAACCAAACUAUUCGGGAUAACAUACUGUCUGGAUCCGCCUUGGAUGAGACACUACUUUCAACAGUUGUUCACUGCUGCGAUCUCCAGGAAGACUUGAUCAGCCUUCCCGCCGGCGAUCAAACCUGGAUUGGCAGCAAAGGCACCGCACUCAGCGAUGGUCAAAAACAAAGGAUUGCCCUGGCUCGCGCUCUGUAUUCCCGGAAAGAAGUCAUUCUACUUGAUGACCCCUUUAGUGGGCUCGAUGUCACCACGGAGAACAAUGUUAUUCGUCGUCGUUUCGGAAAAACUGGAAUUUUCUCGCGCUGGGGUAAAACCAUUGUCAUAGCGACUCAUUCUUCACGUUUGUUUCCUCUGGCUGACCAAAUCUUUGCGUUGGAUUCGAACGGAAGCAUUAGCGAGCGCGGUACCUAUCAAGAACUCAUCGGAGCCGAAGGCUAUCUACAGAGAACCCAUGGCCACAGACAGCACCCACUGGAGCAAAAGCUAAAUAAUUAUUCAGAUGAAGUUGAUGUAUCAACCAAAAAAUAUCCAGCGCAGAUGAAUACAGCCAAAAAACGAGCUUCAGGCACUCCAAAUGCUCUUCAUGAUACACAAAAGCCAGAGUCAACGCCACAGGCUGCUAAAGAGAAGACGACUAGCGAUACUUCAGCUCAUCGCUUUUACAUCAAAGCAAUUGGAUUAAGCCCAGUGAUGACAUUUCUCGCGCUGGAAACAGUACGGGGAUUUCUUUCCGUUUUUCCUGUUGAGUGGUUGAAGUGGUGGGCCGAGGACAGUACAUCCCAUGAUAAUAAUAACCUUGGACUUUAUCUAGGUGUCUAUGCUGCUUUACAAGUCGCUGCACUUGCAUCCUCUGCACUUGCCACGUGGUUCUCAUUUAGCUUCAUGGCGCGCAAGUCCGGCCUCUCGCUGCACAAUACUUUGCUUAAGGCGACCUUAUGCGCUCCACUUCAUCUUUUUGCGAAGCAGGAUAGUGGUGAGAUCUUGACUCGGUUCUCUCAGGAUAUUCAAAUGGUCGAUAUGAACUUGCCUUUACAGAUAUUGACCCUCACUCAAAAUCUUUUCACCUGCAUUGCACAGGCGGGUUUGAUUGGGUUUGGGGUUGGCUGGGUGGCAAGGAUUUACUUGGGAACUGCCAAACAAAUGAGAUUACUGGAUUUGUCUGAAAAGGCCCCAGUAUACAGCCAAUAUCUCGACACUCUAGGCGGCCUGCCUACAAUCCGCGCUUUUAAAUGGCAGGAUCGCUUUUGGAAAGCAAAUUAUGAUUUGGUGACUAAAGCCCAGAAGCCAUGGUACUCAUUACUCAUCAUCCAAAGAUGGCUCUUGCUCGUUCGUGACCUGGUCACAACAGCCUUGACAGUCCUGAUUGUCGGAAUUGCGGUCAAAUUACGCUCUUCAAUCGGGACGGCUGGUUUUGCCGUGGCUCUUGUUCAAAUCAUUACCUUGUCGAACUAUUUGAACCAGCUUGUUAAUACUUACACCAUGCUGGAAACUACGCUGGGUGCAAUCGCGCGGAUCAAGAAAUUCGAAAACAACAUCGUUGCAAUGCCCGGUAACACAUCCAGUGGUAGUGGGAAGCAGCCACCCCCAAGUUGGCCUGAGAAGGGGGAGAUCAUUCUGGAACAAGUCUCUGCAUCCUAUAACGAUAUUGUUGAAGGUUCAAACCGGCUAGCCCUAGCUGGCGUCACGAUUCACAUUCGCCCAGGGCAGAAGAUUGGAAUAUGCGGCCGGACAGGCAGCGGGAAAAGCUCGACCGCACUGACUCUGUUUCGGUUGUUAGAGCUUUCUUCCGGUAGAAUUCUGGUGGAUGGGCAGGAUCUAGCAACGCUCAAUCAAGAAAUUGUCCGUUCACGGCUGAAUGGCCUCGGUCAAGACCCGUACUUUCUCGCUGGUAGCGUGAGGCUAAACCUUGACCCUUAUCAAGAAUUGAUGAGCAAUGAUCAUUCCAAUGACAAGGAGCUCAUUCGAGCACUCGAUGCUGUGAAGCUGUGGCCUCUCAUUCAGCAGAAUGGAGGCCUGGAUGCCGACCUGAAAAAGGAGUCGCUAAAGUCACGGCCAAAGACAAAUUUUUUGUAUUGCCAGAGCAUUUCUCCGACCUGGCAAGAUUGUGGUUCUAGAUGA